GUCAUCGCCGGAGAGCAACUCAGAACCAAGCGAACCUCCGACCUGGAGCUUUACCUUCUAGAACCCACUGGAGCUCUCUGUGGAUUUUUAUUCAUCUGUCACUCUUCUCAGAGCCAACCCCGGGCUGGAAAUAGUGCUCACCGUGGAGGAAAUAAGCACCGCAGGCACCGCGACAUCAGCGGGCGAACUUGGCUUCGCUACCCCCGUGGGAGGUGUCUGUUUGUCGGCUUGCAGCUGCAUGCAAGUCCCGCUGACCCCAUCGGUGCUCUGACGUUUACAUUUUGUGUCUUUUUAGUGGAGAUUCCAAGUUAUGGCUAUAAUUCGUGUAUGUUUUUGCAAAUGUCUUCUCCGGGCUUUUCGUCAACCAUCUGUGGCUUUAAUGUGACGCACUGUCGUAACACACCGUGUGCGCCGUUUGGAGCGGACCCCCGCAGAGGAAGAGGAGGCUCUUCAUCAAGUUUCUGGUUCUCAUAACUCCUUCAAGCAGGACUGGAGCCGAUGUAACAGUGACAAGAACAGACGAGGACCAAGCUGGGCCAAGCUAGGCCCACCCUCCCUAAGGAGGGUCUCCAAGACUCCUCGGACCUCCUUUCCUAGUUCCUCUUAUCAGAUUAGUCUGGAAGCAUCCAACUGUCCAUGUCUUGGAUGACCCUCACUGGAUGUUGGCAGCAGGAUGGAUUUGGAUGUUGAUCUCAUAGGCCCCGCCCUCUUUUACUGCCUUUUGCCCCUUUACUUCCUGCUCUUUAUAAGAAAGCCCCAUACGAUCUGCGGGGGCUUCCCAGAGCCGAGUAUAGGACCCUAUAGGAACUUGUCCUGUUGAAGCGCUUCCAUCAACUCCAUCGCUGUUUAGUUUAUUGGAGUCUAAGGAGAAGAUACAUUUAACGCUAACCUUUUAAAGGAAGAAUGUCGGAAAGCAAAAACGGCACCAAAGCAGUGAAAUUCAUUGCCCCGGCCCCUCCAUCGUCGUCCCCUCAGACCCCGCAGAAGAAUGUGAACGGCUCUGCGAGUUCAGACUUGCACGUGGCGGACAAGCUGGAGGGCCACCCGGAGGUCCAACGGCGGCGUCACACGAUGGACAGAGACUCCAAGACCGCCGAGCACCGCUUCUUCCGCCGGAGUGUCAUCUGCGACUCCAACGCCACCGCUUUGGACCUUCCCAGCAAGGCGGCGGUCAUACUCACCUCGCCGCCAGACUGUAGUGGGGUUUCUUACUCCGGUUUGUUGGUGUCUCAACCUGCGGAGCGAGACCUCCAAGAGGCACUUAAGGGACAAUUUUUGCCAAGCCCUCAACCUGGGGGUGCUCUCGAGGGGCAAAGUCAAAGUUCAGGAGUGAAUAGCAUCGCACAUGCCGAGAGCGGCGCUGUAGAAAGCGCAGAAGGGGCGGUACAAGAACCCACCUCUGUAGCAUCGGAUGUUAACAAAACGGGAGACAAGCAGCGUGACGCCUUGCAGCAGGAAGUGACCAAAGACGGAAAAGCGAAUGAAUGCAGCGCCAGCAGUCCUACAGAGGACAAGGAGCGGGAGACGGAGCUGGCCAAAGCGCGGGCCGAACAGAGGGAGGCCGAGAAGCGGGUGCAGGAGGACAUCGAGGAGGCCGAGACCAAAGCGGUCGGGACCUCGCCUGACGGACGUUUCCUGAAAUUUGACAUUGAGAUUGGCAGAGGGUCCUUCAAGACGGUUUACAAGGGGCUCGACACGGAGACGACGGUGGAGGUGGCGUGGUGCGAGCUGCAGGAUCGGAAGCUGUCCAAGUCGGAACGGCAGCGCUUCAAAGAGGAGGCGGGAAUGCUGAAGGGCCUUCAGCAUCCCAACAUUGUGCGUUUCUACGACUCGUGGGAGGGGCCGUGCAAGGGGAAGAAGUGCAUCGUGCUGGUCACCGAGCUCAUGACGUCUGGCACGCUUAAAACCUACCUGAAGCGCUUCAAGGUGAUGAAGAUCAAGGUGCUGCGUUCCUGGUGCCGGCAGAUCCUCAAGGGCCUUCACUUCCUGCACACCAGAGCGCCGCCCAUCAUUCACCGGGACCUGAAGUGCGACAACAUCUUCAUCACCGGGCCCACUGGGUCGGUGAAGAUCGGCGACCUGGGCUUGGCCACCCUGAAGAGGGCGUCUUUUGCCAAGAGUGUCAUAGGUACUCCUGAGUUCAUGGCUCCGGAGAUGUACGAGGAGAAAUAUGACGAAUCCGUCGACGUUUACGCCUUCGGGAUGUGCAUGCUGGAAAUGGCCACCUCCGAGUACCCGUACUCGGAAUGCCAAAACGCGGCCCAGAUCUACAGACGAGUCACCAGUGGAGUGAAGCCGGGCAGUUUUGACAAGGUGGCCAUCCCCGAAGUGAAGGAAAUCAUCGAAGGCUGCAUCAGGACAAACAAAGAUGAGCGGUACGCCAUCAAGAUCCUGCUCAACCAUGCCUUCUUCCAGGAGGACACGGGGGUGAGGGUUGAACUGGCCGAGGAGGAUGAUGGGGAAAUGAUCGCCAUCAAGCUGUGGUUGAGGAUCGAGGACGUCAAGAAGCUUAAAGGAAAAUACAAAGACAACGAAGCCAUCGAGUUCUCCUUUGACCUCAACAAGGACGUUCCCGAAGAUGUGGCGCAGGAAAUGGUGGAGUCUGGCUACGUGGCCGAGGGCGACCACAAGACCAUGGCCAAGGCCAUCAAGGACCGCGUCUCUCUGAUUCGGAAAAAGCGAGAGCAGAGGCAGCUUGUUCGGGAAGAGCAGGAGAAGCGGAAACUGGAGGCGGAGCAACAACAACAACAAGAUGCACUCAAAGCACCUCAGACGCAGGCGGAAGUAGACGAGAAGGAGGCGGAGCAUCACUAUCAGCAGCUUGCCGAAGGAGGCGUGGACAGCGGACAGGGAUCCUCGGUCUUCUCCUCCGACUCCCCCCAUUUGGGUCAGCUGACCAUGUCCUACAGCUGCCCCCCUGCCACCCAGCCCCAAACCCCUUACCCGUCCACGCCUGGCGCCAGCACGCAGCAGCAUCCGGCCUACGCCCAGCAGCUACAGCAGCCGGCGCAGCAUUCAAUGGCGCACCCUUACAGCGCAGGAGGAAGCGCAGGAACAGCAGCAGCAGCAGGGAGCUUCUCCUUCCCGGCACUGCCCGACCCGCCCGCUAUAUUUUUCCCUUCCAUCCCAGAGCGCCCCAUUUCCUUCUCGCCCCCUCCCACCGCCCCCCCGAAGGCCUACAACACCCAGCGGCGCAAGAGCACGUCCAUACUGGAGGCGCAUACCCGCCACUUCCAGCCGGCGCACCCCAGAUACGGUAGCACCUUGCACCCCUUUUCGGGUAUGGAGGGCGUUGACGCUUCCUCUCUUUUCAUGGUCAAUGCCGGUUUUCCUACAGCGGCUCAGAGACUCGGAAUCGGGGAACAAUCCGAGCCGUCUUUCUACGGUUAUAACGACUUAAGGACGGAACAAGAGGAAGUGGUGAGGAGGUUGAGUUUAAAUCAAGCGGCUUUAUUGGAUCACUACGAAGCCAUGGCGUAUGGCGGCUACCCGAUGACCGCGCAUCAGCUCGGCUUGUUGAGUUUCCAUCAGCAGAGGCAGGCGGCGGCGGCGGCUGCGGCGGCGAGUUUGGGAUACGACUCGGGACCACAGCCGGGCUUCCUGCAUCCUCAUCUUAUGCAGAGACUGAGCACACACAGUCCGAUCCCGCCGCCGUCUAUGAACCAACCCCCGGUUCCUGCCUCAUCCUGUGAUGGACACGCACCCACUUCCUCCUUCGCCAUGUCGGCGGCACCAAUAAUAACCGAUACAUCGACAGGAAGUGUUUUUGAUUACCACUUAGCCGCUGCAGCUGCUGCCGCCGCCAACGAUCCGACUCUUCUGGCUUCUAGACUGUACCGAACCCGCAGGAGCUCCAUGGACCUCCCCCUGGAGGAAACCACCCCGACAGGGUCCGGCGGUUCAGGGUCAUAUCUUCGACUCCAGCCUGUCACGGAAGAACUGUGUUCCUACGUCAGUCCUGAAAUGCCUUUACCGCCAGGAAGUCUCCUCCUGCAUCACGCAAACCUCGGCGCCAAAGACCGAAGUCCAGAACCAUCCAGCGACUCUAUUACGUCCUCCGACGCGGGGGAGUUCCUGUCGCCUCCCCCCUCGUCCCUUCUCUCUCACUUCGACCCCUCGGCUGCCCAGUCCAUCCCUCAGUCAUCCUCCACGGCCGUCUGCGACUUAGCCAUCGACAUCCAGGCUCAUCCGCCCUCCAUGCAGAUCUAUCUCCCGCCCACGCCGUCCUCCGAGCCCCCACACGGGGGAGCAUCAUCGGUUCAACAACAAGAGUCUAUGAGCGUGUGGGGCCGCCAUGGAGGGGUGGUGCCUGCCCAGCUCGACAUGACGUACCAUGAGUCAUUGCUGGCCGUUCAGGCCGCUAACCCAACACUGAAGCCAGCUCAAGUUCCCAACACCCAGCCCGCCCCGGGAUCCCCAUUGUUAGGCCACACGGCCUCCCAACCCGCCCCUCCAGGGACGUCCCAGCAGAUGGUUGCAUCCAUUCAGUCCGUCACUACAUCGGCACAAAGCCCCUCCCACGCCUCCUUGGUGCAGGCCUCUGCUCAGUCCAGUGUAAGCGGCCUCGCUUCUCCUCCUCCGGCUGUGGCCUCCCUUCCCCCGUCUCCUCUUCCUCUGUCCCCUCUCCCCGCACCCGUCCCCCAAGCCUUGACCACCGUGGUGCCCAUCAUCAGUGUAGUCACCGCCCCGCACGAUACUACCACUGAAGCCUCUCACCAGUCUGUGUCUCACCCCUCGGAGUUGUCCCAAUUCCAACUACAGCCGCCCCAAGCGUCCACAGAAAGCGCUUAUUCCGAGACCUCGGGUUUGAGUGAUGGCAACGAGGGAGGAGGCAGGGGUCGCCAGGAGGGACGCUCGGCCAAGCGAACCCAGAGACGCUCCGUACGAAGUCGAUCUCGCCACGAGAAGCUCUCCAAAGCCAAACUCAACGUCCUCAACAUAUCCAAUCGUGGCGACAGGGUGGCGGAAUGCCAGCUGGAGACCCACAACAGGAAGAUGGUCACCUUCAGGUUUGACUUGGAUGGAGACAACCCUGAGGAGAUAGCGCAGAUUAUGGUCCAGAGUGAGUUCAUUCUGGAGAGCGAACGGGAGUCGUUCAUUGAGCAGGUCCGAGAGGUGAUAGAGAACGCGGAUGAAAAAGAUGGCGGUGGCCAGACGACUGGAGGCAUGACACAGCAGAAUCCCGCCAUAUCGACCCCCAUGCCAGACACGCCCCCUAGUGCAUCAGCACAAGUGGUCCACUCGGCAGGUCGCAAGUUUAUCGUCAGCCCCGUACCCGAGGCCAGGCUCAAGGAACCCAGCAUCCCCGCUUCUCCUCUACCGUCUCCUGCAUCUUCCGUUGAGACGGUUCCCCAAGCCUUGGGCUUGUCAAAAUCAGCGGGCACCGUCAGCCUCCAGCAAGCCUUCUCUGAGCUCCGACAGAACAAGAACCAGUUGGAUCCGGGACCAAGCACCGCGCCGCCCUACAUCCACACCGCCCAUCCUCCAGCAUCCUCGCCUUCCUCACAACCUCCUGCUGUGGAAGCUCCGGCUGGAGGUUCUACUUCUACACAGGAGGACGCUUCUCCUCCUGCUUCCUCCUCCACUCCUAUAGUGGUCAAUCAGUCACAGCCCCUCCAAGGGAAGCCCCAUACCCAGGCAGCGGUACCCACUUCAGCCCCCUCCACCUUACCUGUCACCAGUGUAUCCAACAUUGUCCCUCCUGCGUCCCUUGGAACUUCACCCCCCUCAGAAGUCCCGCCCGAUCAUGCCUCGGCCUCCCCCACCUCUUCCUCUGUCAUCUCCACAAGCUCCUCCUCCACGUCCUCCUCGGUGCAGCCAACCUUGGUGCACUCGCAGCCGCAGACAGCCGCCCUUCCUGGGCAGACGCACACUCACUGUGGCGAAUGUGACUCAAGGUGUGAUCCAUCCGUGGAAUGUCAAAGCAAACCGGACGACAUCCAAGCCCUGGAGAAGAAGCUGCGCUCUCUCUUCAUGGACCUGGGUGGAGGGGCGGUGGCCCCCACCCAGGGAGGAGACCUGCUGCCCGACGCUACCUCAGCAGCCUCAGUCGGGGGGACCUCGUCACCGCUGGGCACCUGCUCUACCUCCACAUCUGUCGGCACGCCCACCCCCAGCCAGGCAGCCAAUAAUCCCUCUCCUCCUCAGCCUCCUACCAGCCUGGCGCUGGGAUCUCCUGCUCCCACACAGCAGGGGUCGAACACACCCAUUUCCACUCCCGCAGUACCAGUAAACACAGCCACCAACUUCGGCCAGACCACUCCAUCCAAAACCCCCCUAUCCAGGGUACCGGCCUCCUCUACUCCUCCUUCAGAACUCCUGCCAUCCCUCCCUGGACCAUGUCUCACUCAGUCCCAGCAGCCUUUAGAGGAUCUGGACGCCCAGCUGAGAAGAGCCCUGAGUCCUGAGACGGUUCCUGUCAGCAGCACACACUCCCAGGCUACCCAAGGGGUCAUUCCUCUGGCAGGACAAGGAAUUCCUUUCUCUCUAGACGGAGAUGCCACCUCGUCUCCUGCUCCUCCAGGUGGAAUUCAACUUGGGAGAUUCCAGGUGUCACGAGCCGCCGAGGAGCCACCAAGCCAGCACCUGCCCUGCACGGAAUCCUCCUCGACUACAUCAUCCUCCUCCUCCACAUCCUCCUCCUCCUCGAAUCUCUCCAGCCCGGAGAACACGUUGCACAAGGGUUCCUCCACCCCUCUGAGAGCAGGAGGAGCACAAGGUGGAGAUGACGUAGAUGGACUCCCUCCGAACCACCGCCCGUCCCCUCUCGCUUCACCGAAACCUGCCACCACCAUUGGACGCUUCCAGGUCACCACCAACCACGAGGCAAAAGUGGGCCGAUUCUCCGUCACUCGGGCUCCAGAGUCCAGGCAAAGCCCUCCACCCGCUUCCCAGGCUUCUAACGGGCCCACCAACCCCGGAAGUCCAGACGCCGCCCCCAAAGCCUCCCUGCUCGGCGUGAACAGCAGCAACUCCUUCAACAACUCCUCCUACAUGAGCAGCGACAAUGACUCUGACUUGGAGGAUGAGGACUUGAAGUGGGAGGUCCACCGCCUCCGAGAGAAACACUUGCAGGAGAUUCAGGCUCUUCACUCACGCCAGAAGGAGGAAAUUGACUGUCUGUUCACCAGGCUGGGCAAGGUUCCUCCACCUGCCGUUCUCCCUCCCAUCAUCGCCUCGGCUGCAAGGAGGAGGCGACCCACCAAGAGCAAAUCCAGCAAAUCGUCCAGAACCAGCUCCUCCUCGCAGGGUAGCAAGAGUCCACUCCAGCCAGGCAGCACUUUAUCCGCCCAGAGCGUCCCGACCAUGCACCCGGGCCAGCUGGCUCAGUUAGCGCCAGGAUCGGCAAGCGAUGGCGGCGGCGGCAUCCAGUUCCAGCCUCUCAAAUCGGGUCCCUCCAGUGACAACGUGUGUUCUACAUACACCAGUGAAGCGGCUCUUUCCGUGCCCAGCUUGUGUGCUCCCACCCCAGGCUGUGUAAAGUUCAGCUGGGGGUCGGAGCGUCUGCCCUUCAAGCCCGGCGGGCGGAGGACGCGCUUUCUGAGUACGCCCUGCUUGGCUCUUUGGAAGAUGGUGAAAAAAGUCUGCCCCUGCAACCAGCUCUGUAGGACCAACAGCACCAACGCAGUGAGCGGUUCCGGACCCCUGUGUCCGAGCCAGGGGGGCUCCCAAUGUCUGAACUUGUCGGCCCCCCACCAGCGGAAAGGCACGUUUACUGAUGACCUCCAUAAACUGGUGGACAACUGGGCCAGAGACGCUAUGAACCUCUCACAGGGUAAGAGGAGUUCCAAGCAGCUGCAGGCGCCAGCACCGGGACACAGCUACGAGGUGAUCCAGUCAGCCACCCUGGGCAGGAAGUACUCCGCCCCGAGCCAGCUACUCACAGGCUCCGCCCACCUCCCCUCCAACACGGCGUCCACUACCUCUUUGGCCACCGCCCGCAAGGGCUCGCUGUGCCAACCCAAUACCUCCCCCGCGCCGCCCCACUUCAUCCCGUACGUGCCCGCCCCCGCCUACACCGCGCAGUGGUCCGGACCCGCUCAGGGGGCACUCGCCCCUCACGCGACGGGGCCGCCUCCGCUGGUCAGCACUUCUCAGCCGCUGAGUCCUUACCCCGCCUCAACCGGCGGCCAGAUUCCGGGUCACGCCUUCACGAUGAGCAGCGCUCUGCAGAAGUCUGUUAGCAGCCCCGGGGGGCCGAAUAUGAGGACCACGUAGGGGCUCCUUUUCGCUUGACUGGACUUCAUCAGCUGGAUAUGAUGAUAAUGAGGAGCAGAAUUGGGAGCGGGAGUGAUGCAUCUCACCUUUUUCUUCUAUCUUUGUGUUUUUUGCCAAAAGAGUCCAAAGAGCGGAACAAAACGAAAAAAAAAACAUUGAUGGUUCUUGCCUGAUUUAAAUACUACAAUGUGCAAUGUGUGUAUAGAAGACAAUUUUUAGAAAGAGAACCGACGAUGAAACGGAAACGGAAGUAUAGAACGUAAACACGGAAGCCGGGCCUGACUCCGCCCCUUUCUGCGCACCAAGCAAUAACAUCACGACGAGCACGAGAGCUCCGGAACAUCCAAAAGAAAAGUGGCCUUGUCAUCAUAACAUCUUGUAUAGUUUAUAUUCUUAUUUCCAGCUGUGAUCAUUCCAAUCACAGAUGUGGAUAUUAAUUAUUUAAAUGAAAAAACAACAACACUGUGAUCAUUGUGGCUUGGCGGGAAAACAUCACAAAAACAACGGAAAUGCCUUAAUCAACAAUUAGCUACCGUUUGCUAGCUACUUCUUUUUUCGACAGUACUUACAUUUAAGACACUUUAAAAGUUUAGCCCUGUUAGUUAAAUGUGAAUGUACAAAACAGCUGUUUAAUUAGCUUUCUGGUGCCUUGCUUAGCGUCCCCACCACCCCCCCGUUUUCGAACACUGGAGAAGCACACUAGGACCACGACAGAUUUGUAAUGGCGGAAACGGCGAGGAUUGUAUUGGUGAUACUUACCUCCAUACUGUGAUGCUUUUUUUUAAUUAGUAUUAUUAUUAUUUACGUUCGGCUCACCCACUUGUGCUUCGUUACUGUGAACAGGCAUUGUUAGCAUUAGCUUACACAAUAGGCACAUUCUCACAUACUCACCUUUUUUUCUCCUCCCCACGAUAGAAGCGUUAAAAUCCCUCAAAUGUUCCAAUAUUCGAUGUCUUGAUGAUGUAUUUCCAUUCUUUUAUUUUAUGUUGUUUUUAUCUGCUGUUUUAUUGUGUGCAGCAGCACCCAAGUCAAUGUUUGAUUUCUCUCAUUAGACACAUACAAAAAAUGACAGAACACGCGUGGAGUCUCAUCAGCAGGCCUUUAACGGUUCAUGUUUUGCACUAAGAGAGUGUUCCGAGCUUCAUAUGAAAAUAAAUACAAUGACAUUUGUUACUUUAUUUGUAAAAGAAAACUUAAUAAAAGUUGUUUAAAUGAA